AUGUUGAUCAAAGUUAAGACUCUUACCGGAAAGGAAAUUGAAAUCGACAUUGAGCCCACAGACAAAGUAGAUCGUAUAAAGGAACGUGUAGAAGAGAAAGAAGGCAUUCCUCCACAACAACAACGUUUGAUUUUUUCUGGGAAACAAAUGAAUGAUGACAAAACUGCAGCAGACUAUAAAGUUCAAGGUGGUUCUGUUCUGCAUUUAGUUUUGGCUUUGCGUGGCGGAGAUUAUUAAUAUCACAAUUAUACCCAACCAAUUUUAAGUAAAUUAUAAUGAGUCUUUUUUUGUAAAAAUAAAUAGAAUUUAUUGUAAAACAAAAA